AAUAUGGUUUGCAUAACCUGUCCUGAAUGUGUCAGAUAGAGAGAGUGAGAGAGAAACCAGCCGUCAAUGGCGUUAAGGAUGAUGCUUCAAACUCGCUUCCUUUCCCUCCGACUCCAAGUUCGCCCCUUCUCGUCUCUCUACCUCCCCACCCUCGAGCCCUCGAACGAUGCCGAAUCGAUCUCGAAGAUCCUUCUCCACCACUAUAACCCCUUUCAUGCCAUGGAGUCUUCUCUGCAGCUCCACGGCAUCGCUCUUACCCCUCACCUCCUCCACCAAACCCUCCUCCGCCUCAAACACUCAUCCAAGAUUGCCUUCGCCCUUUUCAACUAUUCUAAGUCCCUUCCUUCCCAACCUCUCACCCCCACCUCCUACCACCUCCUCAUUGACCUUGUAGCCAAAGUCCGCCAGUUCGACCUAGCCUGGCAACUUAUUAUCGAAAUGGAUCAAAGCAACCUCUCCCCCACUCCCACCACGUUCUUGAUCUUAAUCCGUAGACUAAUAUCCGCAGGUCUUACACGCCAAGCCAUUCGUGCUUUCGAUGACAUUGAAGGUUUUACUCAAACUAAGAUAAGUGAUGAAGAUUUUUGUUUUCUGUUAGAUACCCUUUGCAAGUAUGGGUUCGUUAAGGUCGCAACCGAGGUUUUUAACAAAAAGAAACAUGGGUUUUUGCCGGAUACGAAGAUGUAUACCAUUUUGAUAUAUGGGUGGUGCAAAAUUGGUAGGAUUGAUAUGGGCGAGAAGUUUUUGAAGGACAUGAUGGGUAGAGGGAUUGAGCCAAAUGUGGUCACGUACAAUGUGUUGUUGAAUGGGAUAUGUCGGCGGGCAAGUUUGCACCCGGAGGAAAGGUUUGAGAGGACAAUAAGGCAUGCGGAGAAGGUAUUUGAUGAAAUGAGGGAGAGAGGGAUUGAACCAGAUGUGACUAGUUUUUCAAUUGUGCUUCAUGUGUAUAGUCGGUCGCACAAGCCUGAGUUGUCGCUUGAUAAGUUGGCGCUGAUGAAGGAGAAAGGGAUUUGUCCAAGUGUGGCAACAUAUACUUCGGUGGUCAAGUGCCUUUGUUCGUGUGGGAGGCUUGAGGACGCGGAGGACUUGAUUGGGGAAAUGGUGAGGAAUGGGGUUAGCUUGUCUGCAGCUACUUAUAAUUGUUUCUUUAAGGAGUAUAGGGGGAGAAAGGAUGCUGAUAGUGCUUUAAAGUUGUAUAAGAAGAUGAAGGAGGAAGGUUUGUGUACGCCCAGUAUGCACACAUAUAACAUAUUAGUGGGUAUGUUUUUAAAGUUGAAUCGCAUGGGGACUGUAAAAGACAUAUGGAAUGAUAUGAGAGAGAGUGGGGUUGGACCGGAUUUGGAUUCAUACACGAUGUUGAUUCAUGGGUUAUGUGAGAAACAGAAAUGGAGAGAGGCGUGCCAGUUUUUUGUGGAGAUGAUAGAGAGGGGGUUUCUUCCUCGAAAGGUUACUUUUGAGACACUUUACAGGGGCCUCAUACAAUCUGAUAUGUUGAGAACUUGGAGAAGAUUGAAGAAGAAACUUGAUGAAGAGUCGAUAACGUUCGGUUCAGAAUUCCAAAAUUAUCAUUUGAAGCCGUAUAGGAGAUGAUGCACCAUUUAUUUGUGGAUUUGAGUCAAGUGUUCGUAUCAGUAGGUUGAUGCUUGGCCUCAACUUCACCUUUCAAUCACAAUCAAUUUGCUGGCCUUGGGUUCCUGCCAUUGUCCAUGGAUUGAAUGUACGAAGAAAGAGAUCCCGAUUCAAGGAGCAUCACAACCACCCAAGAUGUGAGAUGGGGUAUUACGGUGGAGACUGCAAUAAAUGGAAUGGUGAAGCUGAUUCCAAACGCCCGAGUUACCGGUGCAGUGUGCAGUCUUGAGUAAUAUAAGCAGAUUUCAAUUAUGAAGUCAUGCUAGGCCAACAAGUCAUGAAUGACUGUACCAUGGAGGAGUACGCGAUUCAAGUCAAAAGUGCAGAGGGAACGAGAAGAUAGCCAAAACAAUAUGCUGAGGCUGUGAGAGAAUUCAUUGGGAGCAACUAAUACUGAUAGGGCCUUAGAUGAAGCCGAAGAACAGAAGAAUAUUAACGACCGUUGGUUUUUAUUUCGCUUUGUAUGAACCCGACACAUUUUUUUUUCCUAGAAUUGUUGGCCUUUUCUGUUUAUUUAAAGGGAAGCCUAAUUUAUGGGA